CAAUAUAUAACCAGCAACGAGGUGUAAAGUGGAGAGAGAGAGAGAGAGAUAUGGGAGUGUAUUGCGUAACAGGGGGAACGGGAUUCAUAGCGGGGUACCUAGUGAAGACGUUGUUGGAAAAGGGGCACACUGUCCGAACAACAGUUCGAGAUCCAGAAAAUGUGGAAAAGGUAGGGUUCCUUUGGGAACUGAAUGGAGCCAAGGAGAGACUAAAGAUGUUCAAAGCUGAUUUAACGGUGGAAGGCAGCUUUCAUCAGGCCAUACAGGGAGUUGAUGGGGUCUUCCAUACUGCAUCUCCGGUAGCCGUGCAGUAUGAUGAGAACGUUCAGACAACUCUGAUAGAUCCAUGUAUAAAGGGAACCCAAAAUGUUCUAAGCUCCUGCACCAACGCAGGCAGUGUGAGAAGGGUUGUGCUCACCUCUUCCUGCUCUUCUAUAAGAUACCGCAACGAUGUCCAACAAGUUUCUCCUCUUAAUGAAUCUCACUGGAGCGAUCUGGAGUACUGCAAACGCUACAAUCUGUGGUAUGCAUUUGCAAAGACUGUGGCAGAGAAAGAGGCAUGGAAAAUAGCAGAGAAAACCGGGCUUGAUCUAGUGGCGGUCAACCCUUCUUAUGUAGUUGGUCCAUUGCUUGCUCCCCAACCGACCAGUUCACUCCAACUGUUAUUGGCCGUUGUUAAGGGUUUGAGAGGAGAGUACCCGAAUAUGACCAUAGGGUUUGUGCACAUAGAAGAUGUUGUUGCUGCACAUAUUCUGGCAAUGGAGGAAAGCAAAGCAACUGGCAGGCUCAUAUGUUCUAACUCAGUGGCUCAUUGGUCUGAGAUCAUUGACAUGCUUAGGGCCAAAUAUCCAUCCUAUCCAUUCGAAGACAGGUGUAGCACCAAUGAUGGAGAUAACAACCCACACAGCAUGAACAGUGGCAAGAUUAUUAAGUUGGGACUUCCUCCUUUGAAAACACUUGAUGAAAUGUUUGAUGACAGCAUCAAAAGUUUUCAAGACAAGGGGUUUCUGUAAGCUUCUAGUAUUUCUCCUACGACUUGCUUCGUCUAUCUCGUGGCCCAAUUAAUUCAUUCUAAAAAACUCACAUUUUACCAUUGUGUUUCUUUUCUUUUCAAAUUAAUAAUCGGAUAUCCGAACUAGCUUACAUGCACUCCAAUUAAUCCCGGGGCCUAUAGAAGCGUUUCACAAGGUUGUUGGUUGUAUUAAUGACGGUUUGGGAAUGAGGAAAAACUAAAUGUUUCUUUAAA